UUUCAUUUAUUAUCCAUCCUUCGUCACCGCUAAAGUUACAAUAUAAUAAAAAAGAAGAAGUUUUGUGCACGGAUUGAUCGUUGCUUCUGAUUUUUGGAUUAUCGCUAACAAGGUGCGGAGAAGACAAUCUGAGAACAUGCCCGUGCCGACUUGGGACUGCCCGGAAUUGGGCCUCCUCGAGGAACCGUUAGAGACGACGACCGUCGUGUCUGAGGACAUAUGGAAGAAGUUCGACCUGGACUUUCCGCAGCCGUUUCCAGCGGAGCAGUACUACGGAACGAUAGAGGGUGGGAUUUUGCCCGAGCCCUACGAGAAAUCGUCGAUGUCGAGGCUCGAGGCGCGCGAAAUCCGUCACCACGACUGCAUGUGGGCCGGACUUUGCAUCAGCAAGGAACACAACAGGACUCACCCGGCUAAAAAGGACGUCCAAGUGAGCAGCAAGAAGGUGCCAGCGGGGCGAAGUCUUCUGAUAAACCGGAAGCCGCCGGUUUGUACCGCGGCUAAGAACCUCGAGAGCGACGGGGACUCAACGAGGCCCGAAACGCCGCAGAGUUGCGAGUCUGAAAGUGACGAGGAGGACGAGGAGGAGGAGGAAGAUGAGGAACCACCCCAGUUUAGGCACGACUCGAUAAGCAUAAACGAAAAGCUGACAGAGUAUCUCGGCGAUGCCGCUGCCGCUCCGGUCAGCGAAGUUACUGGUCAGCUCGUUAGGCGGACCCCGAUGCCGGAGAAAAAGUGCACCCAGAGGGUCAGAGAAGCUAGUCGAAAACCCGAGGUUCACCAGGAGCCGCAAAGGACUUCCUGCAACACACAGCCCAACGUUGGACACACAGCGCAGGGCAUCACCCAUAGAGAGUCUCUCGUUUCCCUCGGCGAUCACUGCUAUUACCUCAAUCAGACUUCCAACAGUAAAAAGCUUGAACACCUUGGAGUACAGACACCUUCGGAUUCAGAGGAAGAGAUCGACGUGGUGACGUUCGACAAACCUUGCAGGCCGGCAUCGCUGCCUACGAAUCCAAGCGCGGCGGAUAAGCAGCAUCUCCAAAAGACGGUCACAUCGGCAUUGCAGGAUAAAUCGCCACCUCGGCCACGAGGUCGACCACCUUCGAACCCUCCGCGAAAGCGUUCCGCCCACCAAACUGAUCCAAAACCGGCAAAAAGACCGAAACACAAAACGUAUCAAAAGCGCGGAAAGCCUGGAAAUGGAAACGGAAACAGCAACAGCAACAGUAACAGUAACAGUAAUAGCAAUAGCAAUAGCAGCAGCAGCAACGGGUCUUCCAGAACGUUGCAUGUUGACAAAUUUGAAAAUGGCGUCGGUGCAACGCGGCUCGAUAGAAUCGCUGAGACAAUCGAUACGGCGAAAACCGACGUAACAGAAGGAAACGAUCAUCAGAUUAGAUUUUCUGAACGCGUUGGAGGAGGAGGAGGAGGAGGAGGAGGAGGAGGAGGAUCCGGGAAAUUGCAAGCCUCGAGCAGCGCCAUCUCGCGAAGCAGUUCGGACGACGAACCAGACACGGAGAAGCGCAGCCUCCACAACAACAUGGAACGCCAGAGGAGGAUAGAGCUGAGGAACGCCUUCGAGGACCUCAGAGUCCUCGUGCCGGAGGUCGAGAUGAAGGAGAAGGCACCGAAGGUUGUGAUCCUUCGCCAGGCCGCGGUAUACUGUGAUAUGCUUACCGAGAUGGGACAGGCCACUUCGACCAAGGUGGCGGAGCUCAAGAGGCGGCAGGAUCGCCUAAGGACCAAACUGAGUCAGCUAAGGAGAAGCUUCGCGGCGGCUCGCUAGGUGAACAAAAAGGUUGAUUUGGAAAAUUACUUACCCUAGAAACACACACACACACACACACACACACAUGCACACGUA